ACAUCCGGCCGCGCGCAGCUUCCUGGGAGUUGGAGUGCAUCUACUGCCGGUAGGUCGGCUUCUGCCCGGCCGACGUGAGACAGGGUUGCGGGUUUCUCAAACCGGAGGUCUGCUGGGAAACAGUCGCGGCAAGGAUUCCCGUUACACUCAUGGCGACUUAUAGCUUGGCAAACGAGCGGCUGAGGGCCUUGGAAGAUAUCGAACGGGAGAUAGGGACCAUCCUGCAGAGCGCCGGAAACGUGAUCCUGGAGCUGUCCAAGGAGAAGGCAAACGAGCGGCUGCUGGACCGGCAGGCGGCAGCCUUCACCUCCUCUGUGCAGCACGUGGAGGCCGAAUUGUCAGCCCAAAUCCGAUACCUGACCCAGGUAGCAACUGGCCAGCCUCAUGAGGGUUCCAGCUACUCAUCAAGAAAGGACUGCCAGAUGGCACUGAAACGAGUAGAUUAUGCUCGAUUGAAACUUAGUGAGCUGGCACGGACCUGUGAACAGGUGCUGGAGACCUAAAGCAGGGCAGAGGCCCUUCUUUUCCCCUCUUCCAUACCUCUGUUGUCUUGGACAAAGUAAGAGAAGUAAUUCAGGCCAUGAUACUAAGUACGGAGAAGAGUGAAGAGAAGUAGGUGGUGUCCCACCAGACUUCACCACUAAGAAAAUCCAUGGGAAAGAGAAAAGAUAACGACUUGCUUCACUCAAGAAAUCUCCACAAAUUACCUCUUAAGCCAGAAGUUGAAGAUCCUAAUAUACAACUUCUUUCUUCCACCCUACAUUUCCAUUAUCCCGUAAUACUUUUGGGUUCUUCUUGCCACCUCCGUCUAGCUCAGACACACAAAAUGGGCAAGAAGAUCUGACUAUUUUUAAUAAGCCUAUAUUUUCCAUGCAUUAUAAGAUAAGAGAGGAUAAGGGCAUCUAAUUAGAGUUCAAGGUCAUAUGAGGGGUGGAAAGCAGGGCAGUAGCUUGAUACUGAGGUGGGAAGCAAGAAGAGUAAAUUAGUUGACUUUGGUUAGGUACAUUCUAGAGAGUAGAACAGUAUAGGGGGAGAUAUUGAUGGGAUGUACUUGGGGGAAGACAAAAUUGUCAAGCAGAAGAGGAUUUCUGGGAGACAUUGCAGAAUAGACUUAGAAAUUAGAAAACAAUCACCUUUAAUGAAACUAAUGCCAAAUCUUUACAUUCAAUGGGAGAAGCAAAUAUUAUUGUAGAAUAGUUGCCUUGGGAGAAAAGCCUUGCUGUUUCCGGAUGGCUGAAGCAUGACUUAUAUCAAGGAGUUGGGUUGAUCUGUCUCACAAGGGAUUAUCAGCUGAAAACCUAAAAAGAUGAGACAAAAGGGAGGCUAGACCCCUGAAGAGAACGGGAGCUGUGGGCAAUGUGUAGUGAGAGUUAUUCCUAUAAGGGCUGUGGAAGUAGGCAACAAAACCAUAUACAAUCUGGGCUCUGCCUCUCUCCAACUUUAUUUCCUCUGCUUUAGCAAAACAGGCCUAUUAAUGGAUCUUAGAAUAUAUUUCUGUCUUUGUUCAAA